GACUCCUCCCCCGCAUGUCCGCGGCUAUCUGAGGGUUACAUUCACUUCCCCGUGUGGAGUGAAGCCGGACUCUGUCUCCCUCAUACAUAUUUUGUAUUAUAGUUUUAGAUAUAUACAUUUUCAUGCGUGUAUUUUGUUAAAGUAUUUUGCACCAUGUUGACCUUUUCGGAAGUCGCGGUCGUUCUGGCGGCUCUGUGCGCCACCGCGUCCGGUUACUUCGUCAGCGUUGACGCUCACGCCGAGGAGUGCUUUUACGAGCGAGUCAACUCGGGCACCAAGAUGGGCCUCAUGUUCGAGGUGGCUGAGGGCGGAUUUCUGGAUAUCGACGUGGAGAUCACAGGUCCUGACGGGAAGCAGAUCUACAAAGGGGACCGUGAGUCCAGCGGGAAGUACUCCGUGGCUGCACACAUGGACGGGACGUACAAGUUCUGCUUCAGCAACAAGAUGUCCACCAUGACACCCAAGAUCGUCAUGUUCACUAUCGAUAUCGGCGAGGCGCCCAAAGGGGACGGCAUGGAGACCGAGGUCGGUGGCGGGACCUGGGAUGCGCACCAAAACAAGCUGGAGGAGAUGAUCAACGAGCUGGCUGUGGCCAUGACGGCGGUCAAACACGAGCAGGAGUACAUGGAGGUCCGCGAGAGGAUACACCGAGCGAUCAACGACAACACGAACAGCCGCGUGGUGCUCUGGUCGUUCUUUGAGGCUCUGGUGCUGGUGGCCAUGACGCUGGGACAGAUUUACUACCUGAAGAGGUUUUUUGAAGUGCGGCGAGUCGUUUAAUUCUCAAGUUGUACCCUUUUUUUUUUUUCUUUCCUCCCCCCCCCCUAUUCCAAAGCGUCUCGCCGUACUUUGGACUUCUUUGGAGAAUAAAAGACAAACUAUUGAAAAAAGAAUAUAUAAAAAGAUGACCACGUCUAAACGGGUCGACCUGCGAAGGCCGCACUCGACUUCUGCUCCAAUCACGGGCCCGUUCGGGAAUUUUGUAUUCGCGUAAAAGGUGCGGCGAUUGAGAAUUUGCGGGGAAAGAAAUGUCACACUUUCACGUAUGAGGGAGAUGUGUGUGUGUGUGUAUAUGUGUGUGUUGGGGGGUGGGGAGGGGUGCACUUGUUAUCUAAUUGCAAUACACACUGCAAAAUACAUACGGAUGAAGCUUUUCAUUUGACUCACCCUCAUAUUUGUGGGAAAGUCAUUCACAGAAAAAUAAAUCAGUCCACCUUUUUAUGUAAAUUUUAAAGAUAUGGGACAUGAUGGUAAAUUUGACCAGGAUUUGAUUUUUUGGGGUUUUUUUUAUUUAGAAAAUUAUGUUGGGUUACAAUGAGAGUUCCCUGAUAUUUUUGAUUCUUACAGAUGCUUCUUUUUGACCCAUUUGCAAAUUAGAGACAGCAUUUUUUUUUAGGUGGUGGUGGUGGUGGUGGUGGUCAGGGUCGACCCCCCCCUUCAAAAUCUUCUUAAACUGAGUACAAAUCAGGAGUUUCUUAUCCACCUCGAGGUCAACGGAGUUCACAACACUGGAGUUUUUUCUUUUUUGUACUUUUUUUCCGUGAAGGAGGUUUUGAAAACAAAAAUUUAAAUCAUGUCAAGCCAGACGAAACUCCAGGUUUGUUUGUGUUUUGACUAAAGCUCAUUUACAGACUGUUUUGUCUGUAUUUUGAAAUUAAUCUCCACUCCUGUGUAAAAAAGCAAACAAACAAUAAAAUAAAGGCUGUUCAUGGUUUGGAUAAAA